CUCUCACAAACACACACACACACACACAUACGGCACAGGCGCAUUUGUGUACCUCAUCGCAGUUCGGAAGAGAUAUGCAGUAACACCUCCGCUCUCAGGCCGCGGCUAAACCUCGCGGAGAGAGAGAAAAAAAGAGAGAGAGAGAUAGAGAGAGAUAGAGAGAGAGAGAGGGAGAGAGAGAGAGAGGAAGGAGUGAGAGGAAGAAAGAGAGAGAGAGAGAGAGAUACACAGAGACAGAUCAGAGAUACUGGUGGGGUGAUGCAGCUCAUCCGCAGCCCGCGAGCGCGCCAUGGGGACACGAGCGGAAAAACGGAGCGCUUCUGCCUCGGAGUUACACCGCGAGCUCUCUCUCAUCUUGCGGGGGAACACGGUAAUAUGGUCUGAGGGAUAGAAGCACGGGAGUCCCUUUAUGAUGACACGGACUUCUGAUAUAAUUCUAUCAACCAUUAAUCAAGACCUAGCAACUGGCCCAAAUUGUGGGUUCACAAAGUAUCCUCUGUCUGCUAAAGAAUGUGAUUUCCAAAUGGUUGGAACACAAAAUCCAGACUUUGAAACCAUCAACAAAAGACAUUGCCGCAGCUUUGACUUCAUCGAGUCACUGGACGACCCGAAUAUCUUCUCUAUGUCGAUGGAGUAUCCGUACCCAUCUGAGAGGCAAACAGUGAAUAAAGAUGUUGUGUGGAAUGGCAUCGGGCAGCAGGGACAUCUUCGUUUUUCCUCUCCUGACCUGUUCAACACAAAGCUUUCCCAUCAACAGACCAGCACUGACAAAACCAGUGAACCAGCACGGACUAGUUUCCUGGGCAAAACUCGCUCACAAAGUGUCCCCAAAGCUCGAGCCACCCUUACACCUGUACCCAUUACAGUGUCACAACCUUCAAAGAGGGGGCAGUCCCCAGUGUACUACAAAAAAAACCCUGAUGGGUUUCCCCAAACCCGAGAAUCAUCUUUUACCACACAUCGGCCUUUGGUUAACGAGGUGCACCCUAUUAAGCUACAGCCUCAUACACCCCUCUUUGUCUCCGAUUGUUUUGAAGAGAACAGACAGGACAAGUUUGCAAACUCUCCCCACGUUAGAUGUCGAGUUGAUAUCAAACCAGAUGAAGCAGUUCUCCAGCACACUACAAGGAAACUACCCACUGCUAGAAGUGACAUACCCUGGCAGCGUUAUUCCUCAUCAAGCUUCAGAAGUAUGUCCGUGCCUCGCCAAAUGUCCACCUCCAGAACACCUACUCCCAGUGAUUGUUACAGCAUGGACUGCAAGCAAGCUUACAAUUAUUCAAACUCUAUGCCCAGGGCCUACAUCCAGCCUGCAGAGAUUUCUUUAUGCGAGUCUUCACCCAGAUAUGCAAGGGAGUACAGAACUCUAUCUAUCCCAAACAUUCCUACCAAAUUCUUCUACACAGAAGAUCCCAACAGGUAUCCAGUCCAGCCACCAGGUAGAGCCUGUUUUCAGGAGAAUCGGCACAGUAUUCCUUCAUUUAGUGGUCAGUAUAUGAGUGACCCAAGGUCCCGGUGGGUUCAUACAAUGCCCAUGCAGACACAAUUUGCUGAUUCUCACCAAGAACCACUGAAUGCCUAUUACAAUAGACCAUACUCAGUAAGUGAACCUGGACCAUAUUUUAUGCCUCCACCGCAGACGAGAACGUACUGUAGAGACACUGCAAGGGAAUAUGCUUUCCCUUCUGACCAUUCCAAGGUUUUCUACACAUUCCAUUCCCCCUCAGAAUGCUCUAUACCAAUAAGAUCAUUCCACCCAGAUGACAGACAAUUUCCAGAGGUGUAUCCAGAUCAGUGGUACAGAUCAAGCAUAGCUACAUGUUCCAGUCAUUACCCAUCCUCACAAGUGACACCUCAGAAAAUUCCAGCAAUUAGCCGUUCGUUUGCCAAUCAUUUUUCUGAGCCUAGCCGAUUAGGAGAUAUCAGGAACUACUCAAAGUCAUGGGACAACAUUCUUAUUCCCCAAAUGGAUAGGGAGCACAGAGUUUCACAUGGCAGGAGUUUUGAGAACCUUUAUCAUCAAGGGAGAGAGAAUGUUCAUUCUGAUAGCAAACAAAAACCAGUCAUAAUUAACCUCUCAAGUUCACCAAGGCGGUAUGCUGCUCUGUCGCUCUCUGAAAAUAAUCUGGAGAAAUGCGCAAGUCAAAAAAGAACUGGUGCAGGAUGUCACUGGGUUGUCACUCCAGAGAUUACAAUAACUGAUAAUGACAUUUGUUCAGGUAACAGCAAAAAAAGAGACUGGAACUCAGUCGGCAGGGAGAUAAGACAAUCUCAAAAUGCAGACGAGCCCUCAGUGGGGAACCACAAUAACAGCUCCCUUCAGCAGAGUCUGGAACAACUGGAUGAAUUGUUAGCGGACCUAGUCCAGGAUUGCAAACCUCAAAACAGCAAGGACUUGAUAGGUCAGCUUAAACAGUUGAUUAUCGAUGAUGAGGUCAAAGGGGAGAAGGUACUAACAGACCAAGAGGAUUCUGGACUUUUGAAUACUCAGACGAGUUCUUCAAAGACUAGCCCAGAUACCUUUAAAGAUCCGGAUAGUGGUUGUGAGGGGUUUCAGCUAAGUGCUGAAGACAUCACCAUGAACCAAAGUGUAGAUGAACAUGGUUCUAUGGUGUGCUCCAAUAAGAAAUGCCAGCGUGUGGAAACUCUGUUUAAUGCCAGCUUGUACUUCAAGUCUUGCCACAGUUGUCACACUUAUUACUGCUCCAGAAACUGCAGACGGGACGACUGGGACACCCACAAGGGGAGCUGCAUGUAUGGUCGUGUCAGUAGUGUUUGCAGGCAAAUCCUAAGACACUGCAGAGAAAACUCUGAGAUUCAUUCCGCUUUCUCGCGUAUUGCUAAAGUAGGCUAUCUGUCUCGAGGCAGGGGGAUCCUAUUCAUAGGUUUCCAAAACCCUGAUUCUGCCAGUACCUUUCUGAAAGUUGGACUCAAGAGUAUCAUCACUGCUCCAACGUAUCUGUCACUCAGAGAACUGGACAGCUUCAAAGAAAACCUCGGGGAAUAUUGUAAGGAACUCCAAGACGCAGGCAAGCAGUACGAUCCCAAUGAAUGUUUCCUUUUGAAUGUUUCCAUAGCCAUCAGCGAUUCAGUGCCUAACAGAACUUCACCCAGAUCACAAGCCACAACAGUGCGCAAGUAUGCAAAGGUGUCACUGGUCUCAACAAGCCCAGAUAAAAAAGUUUUAAAGAAAGAAAAUGACAUGGAGACACUAAUUCUCACCCCUCCCCCUGGGACAUCUGCCAUUGAUAAAGAGGGACCAGAGGGCAGGAAAGCACGGGAGAUCUGUUUCAUUAAUAUCCAGAAGGAACUCAGAAUGAGAGGGGUCUUCCUUCGCCAUGAGUUUCCACACAUAUACAACCAGCUCUGUGAGUUUGUAGAGAACAACAAGAGGUUCACUCCAACCACUAUCUAUCCUAUCGAUAAGAGAUCAGGGAAGCAAUUCAUGUGUAUGAUCAUGGCAGCUUCUGAGCCAAGAACACUAGACUGGAUUGGUGCACCACACCUACUAGAUGACAUUAUAUAAGCCACUGCAGGCUUCAGUGUUUGCAAAAGAUAGUGUCUUUAUCUAUGGAGUAUAUUUGUGUAAAUAGAUAUACUAUAUUUAAUUCUAAUGUUUGUGAAUAUAUAUUUUAAUAAUUGCAUUUAUUAUGACCUGCUCUCUUGCCAAAUAGUAUGCUUACUAGAAAAUGAUUGUGGGGCACAAAGCUUGCAAAAGGUAUUCAAUCACAAACAGCAGAUACAGUUAAAAAAAGGUAAGUCAACCCUUACUUACUGCUUUGAUUACUAAUAAAAUGUGGUUAUUUACGUCACAAUUUCAGACAGCAAUUAAAUUAAAUGAAUGCCCAAAAAAUUAACCGUAUUUUUUGCACUAUAAGGUGUGCCGUAUUAUAAGGCGCACUAUCAAUAAACGUCUAUUUUCGGGUCUAUUUUCUUACACAGGGAGCACUGGAUUAUAAGGCACAUUAUGCAACACUAGUAAGGAGCAGGGGUGUCUCAAUGUUUUCUUUAUAAUUCAGCAGGUCUCGCCGCUAGGUGGCCUGUAAAGCUAAGCUAAACUAAGUAAAUAAAACUGUAAUAAAAAAAAAUGUCUUUUAUAAUACUAAUACUAAUGCUGCUUCAGCAAUGCUAGCCAGGGUUAGCAGCAGGCUACAGGCCGAUAAUACUCACCUCUAAAUGGCAAAUGGCACUUAGCAUGGUUAGUGGCUAAUGCUAAUACUGCUGGGGAACUAAACUCCUGUAUAAAGCUGCACUUCAGAAAAGUGGCUUUACUGAUCCUUACAACCUGACUGAUAAAAUUCAUACAUAAGGCGCACUGAGGAUUUUUGGGAAAA